GCGGGGGCCAGGCGGCGGCGGCGGCCGGGCGGAUUGAAGUUGUUACACUUUAGUGAAACAAUAAGGCACUGAAGUUCCUUUUUAUGGAAAAUAGGGAGUCCAGAAAAAAUUUCCCCCCAGUGAAUGGCAACAAUUAGUUACUCAUCUUGCAUUUCACCAGUCAGCUGUAACAGAAAAUGUUGUGUUAGGUGAUGGCAUGGACCAAAAUGAGAACUGGAUCAUCAUCAUUACUGAUUCCAAAAUAGAGAACACAUUUACUUAGAGCCAUCGGUAUUUAGAAGCCAGAGAAGAACGUCCAUUGUGAAGGCCUAGAAAUGCAGAGCGGUAAGUCCGAUGGCAAUGACUCCAGUGGAAACGAAUUUAAUGGACCAGAGUCCAGUGGGACAGAUUCCCUUGAUAAAGAAUCCAAUGAGAUGUGGAAACAAGGCUUCAAACGGCAAGGCAAAGCUGGUGCCGACAGCAUCAGCGAGCAGCAGGAUCGCAACAAGACUUCUGAAGAACUUAUGAUGGUGGUCCGAGAGAUGAAAAAGUAUUUCCCCUCCGAGAGAAGUCAUAAACCAAGCGUUCUUGAUGCCCUCAACUACGCCCUUCGCUGCGUGCACAGCGUUCAAGCCAACAAUGAGUUUUUCCAGAUUCUCAGACCAAAUGGAGCCCACCAAGCAGAUGUGACUAGGUAUAGCCUUGAGGAGCUGGCUACCAUCGCUUCCGAACACACGUCUAAAAACACAGAUACCUUUGUGGCAGUUUUUUCGUUUCUGUCGGGAAAGUUGGUCCACGUUUCAGAGCAGGCCACUCUUAUUCUGAACUGUAAGAAGACUUCCUUGGCAUCUUCCCCAUUCGUCGAGCUGCUAGCCCCUCAAGAUGUGAGGGUGUUCUACACACACACAGCCCAGGCCCAUCUUCCAUUCUGGAAUGUCAGCACCCAAACAGCCUCCCAGUAUGAAUAUUCUCAAGUGAAGCCCUUUUUCUGUAGAAUCAGGGGAGGUAAAGGCCGAGAACAGGAAGCCCAUUAUUAUCCAUUCCGGAUCACCCCAUAUGUGAUCAAUGUAUACAGUUCUGCUGACACAGAGUCAGAACCCUGCUGCCUCACUCUGGUCGAGAAGAUUCACUCUGGUUAUGAAGCUCCCCGAAUCCCUGUGAAUAAAAGGAUCUUUACAACAACCCAUACCCCAGGGUGUGUGUUUCUUGAAGUGGAUGAAAGAGCUGUGCCUUUGCUAGGCUACCUUCCUCAGGACCUGAUUGGAACCUCCGUCUUAAUGUACCUGCAUCCGGAAGACCGUCCUCUGAUGUUUGCUGUGCACCAAAAAAUCUUGAAGUAUGCAGGCCAACCUCCCUUUGAACAUUCACCUGUUAGAUUUUGCACUCAGAAUGGCGAUUAUGUCAUAUUGGAUUCCAGCUGGUCCAGCUUUGUGAACCCAUGGAGCCGGAAAGUUUCCUUCAUCAUUGGCCGACACAAAGUCCGGACGAGCCCAUUAAAUGAAGAUGUUUUUGCUGCCAGAAUCAAGAAGAUGAACAGUAUUGACAAAGAUAUAAUGGAAUUACAAGAUCAGAUUUACAAACUUCUCUUGCAGCCAGUUCAUGUCAGUGGGUCCAGUGGCUACGGCAGCCUGGGAAGCAAUGGGUCGCAGGAACAUUACAUUAGCAUUGCAUCAUCCAGUGAAUCCAGCGGGAACUGUGUCGAGGAAAUACAGAAGGAGCCAAUGACAUUGCAGCAAGUCUGUGCCACUGUCAACAGAAUCAAAAACUUGGGUCAACAGCUGUAUAUUGAAUCAAGGACCAAAUUAUCAAACCAACAGUUUGUAGGAUCAGGUACAGAGCGACAAGGAGGCAACAAGAUGUCUUCUCAUCCUUCAUUUCAGGAGUUGAGAAAUAGUAGUUUGGGCACUGAUUCUUGUGAUGAUUUGAGAAAAGACCAGCAUAUUCCAUCCUAUCAGCAGAUCAAUUGUGUGGACAGUAUUAUAAGGUACCUCGAGAGCUACAACAUCCCUGCCUUGAAGAGGAAGUGUAUCUCCUGCACCAACACGACUUCCUCCUCCUCUGAAGAAGACCAGCACAUCAGCCAGAGACCAGCUGGUGCCCAGGCGCUAGGCGCCAUUCCCCAGAUUCCAGUCCUGGCCACACCUGGGGGGGCUGAGGACAACGGCACAGAGCUGGCACUCUCCCCCAAAGCCAUGAGUGUGCUCUCCGCCACAAGCCAGUGCAGCUACCGCAGCACCCUGGUGCACGUCCCCCAUCCGGAAUCAGAGGUGACUGCUGGAGAUGAUGUUACUGCAGGCACUGAGCCGGCUGAGGCCCGGAGCCUGAGCCUCCAGGUAUUCCCCGUGGCCCCAGACGGCUUCAGGCAGGUGGGGCUCACGAAGGCAGUGCUCUCCGCGCACACGCAGAAGGAAGAGAAGAGCUACGUGGACAGGUUUCGGGAGAAGAUCCUGUCCUCUCCGUACUGCUCCUACCUUCAACCAGACAGCAGAAGCCGGAUGAGACAUCCCCUCCAAGGAGACGCUCCUUCCAAGCAGGCCCCAUCAGCCAGCUGUAAAAAGGGAAAACACAAGCGCCUGAAGCUCCCGGCGUCCUCUCGCAGCAGUGGCUCUCAUGAGAACUGGCCUUCUCUGCUGGGGAUGCCAUCUCCAGGCAGACCGCCCUGGUCACCUUCAGACGUGGACCCUCCUGGCUCAUGUGGGUCUCUGCACCCUCCAUUGGCCUCUUCCCCGGUCGCUGGCUUUCCUGUCCUGCCCCCAGUGUCCCCUCUGAGAGCACAGUGUGCAGCGUCAAUGCCUGGACCAGGCCCUCAGCUGGGGCCGAGUCCUGCCUACAGGCUGCAGCCUCUGCCAGCGUUCCCUUCUCCUUAUGUGGGUGCUUUUAUGACCAUUAUCUUGCACAACCCCCCUGCCUGUCCCCAGAUGUGCCAGCCAUUCUCCUCCCCCUGCCCGUUUUUGGGUGUGCCUGGGGGCUCUGAAGUAGCCCAACCGCCGCUGCCCUCCUCCUCACCACUGCUGCCGCAGGAGGACCUUCCAGAGCUGCCAUCCCCAGCCUCCAGCCAGAGAUCAGCUGAAGAGGAGUGGACGCUCCAGAGCGAGCAGGAGCACCCCUUAUUUAGUCAUUCCAGGAACAGCUCCCCGCUACAAUUGAACCUGCUUCAGGAAGAAAUGCCAGAGGGUCCCGAAAACCCGCCGCACAUGGGGCAGGAGGCAGACCCAGGAGUGCUGGAUCCACGUCAGACAGGCAGUAAUGAAAACACACGUAAUUCUGUGGCCAAGGAGCUGUUUGGCCUGAUACUUCACAAGGACUCUCCGGCUGGGGCUGGUUCUGCGGCAUCGGGUGGUGGGUCUGUGAGUUCCGACGCCAACGGCUCACUCUCUCACGGCACGUCCGGUUGUGGCACAGGAAGCAGUGAUAGCAGCAGAUACUUUGCAAGCAGCGACUGUUCCUCUGAAACCUCCCAGAAUGAGCAGAAAUCAGAGGAUAAAGAAGUACCCCACAAAUCAGGUAGAGACGCCAUCUGGGGGAUGAUAGAGCAGACCCCCGAGUGCGUCCUGAUGACGUAUCAGGUCCCUGAGAGGGUUAAAGAAGAUGUGUUGAAAGAGGACCUAGAGAAGCUGGCAAGUAUGAGGCAGCAUCAGCCUCGGUUUACGGAUGGACAGAAAGAGGAGUUGGCAGAAGUGCACCCUUGGAUUCAGAGCCAGACGGUCCCUCGAGAAAUAGACACCAAGGGCUGUGUCACAUGUAACAGCAAACGUUUGCUGGGUGUUGGGGCUCUGCCUUAUGAGAAGAGUCUGGAAGAAGACAGUUGGGUGACUGACCAUGAAGAUGCACCUGCACGGCCUUUUCAAGACAGAAAACUUUGAUGUUUUGAAUACUUGACCCUCUUCUGAAGCCUUGCAUAUCUUCUAAAAUUCUUGCCUUUUCAAUGACUUUGCAGUUAUCAGUGAAUGCUUAAAGCUGUCCAAAAGUUUUCUUCCUCAAUUUUUAAUAGACUUUUAUUUUUCCAAAUAGAAUGACUUUCUAAAUAGAAUCUUUUACUCUUAAAUUCUUAAAUUUGAAACGUGUUCCUAGCAUCUUGAAACCGUCAGUUGCAUUUGGCCCCCAUUUCAGCCGUCACAAUUCCAAAGAGGUUAGAUCUCAGCAGUGGAUGGCAGAGCACAAGGUCAGUCUCGCCCAGGUGGGAUGUAAUAAGGAAGAUGACUCCAGUGAGCCUGGAGCCUUACCUGCGAUCCGUCCCUUCUGGCUGAAUUAGGGGCUGGGAUAGUCGUUCCUAUGAGUUCAGUGGAUCCAGGCUCCGCCCUGGACAAAGUCUGCCUCCAUCCCACAGAGGUGCUUCCGCUGAAGUUUGUGCUUAAACAAGACGUUUGCACUCCAAUUUUGCCUUGUUCAGUAAGGAAUAAAAAAAGUCAAGUCAACAUUCGUAAGCCUUAGUAGACAUAGGCCUUUCUGUCCUUGCGGGAAUUUGAACGUCAGCAUUUUUUAGAUUCCAUCCUCUUGGUUUUUAGACUUUAGAUAGAGCCUAUCUGCAUAGCCCCUGCAACCCUGCCCUGAGCACAGGAGUCCACUGGGCUGUCCUUUUAGCAUUUUAAGGCAGCACAGUAGAAGUGAAGGGGUGUGGAGUUCAGAGGAAAACGUUGCUUAGUUUGCUUUUUGCUCUUGUCUUAAAUAUUGUUCAUUCUCAUGCUUACUUGCUCCCUGGUGCUCCAUAGAGUGAUUCCUUCUCUGAUUUUAAAUGGGUGUGACUUCCAACAACACAGAGCAUGGCGCCUGGGAGAAACCUUUCUCAUUGACGCCACCACGCCCUGUCCUUUAGUAGGGGAACGAAAUCCUACUUGGAAGUUUUUCAUUUUUAGUGAGCAAUUGCUAGGUAAAAUUAGCUUUUUUUUCUCCUUGAGCAAAUUAAACAUGUGCCAUUUAAGUCUGUUAUUAGCAGAGAACAUUUAUAUUCCACAGUGCCCUAGAGCUGGAUAGAUGGUUUCUGAAACAUACAUUCCAUUUGUAAAAUUACAUAAAUUUUUUCUCAUUUAAAAAAAAAAUUAGUCUGGGAAGUGUCCCCCACCGUAGGAUUUCCUUGUGGCGAUGAACACACAUUUGAGCACUGUCAAAUACUCAUUCCACAGAAUUUGAUUUGUUUAGAAAAAAGAAAAAGCCAAAUAUCUUACUCUAAGAAUAAUAAGAAUCUCUCCCUUUUUGUUAUUUCCUGGAUCACUUUUGUCUAAGUUUGCAAGUUUAUUUGCCUUAGGACACAGUUCACUGAGAGCUCUGGAUGUGUGUGUAUGUAUGUGUGUGUGAGUGUGAGAGAUUCUGAAAGAAGUAUAGCAUCAGAUGUAAGAGCAUAUAUAUAUAUAUAUAUAUUAUAUAUAUUUACAACCAUUUAUAAACACAUUUUGAUAACUUCAGUGUUAGGCUAGAUAGUAUUUUUAGAUUUUUUUUUUAUCUCUGUGAAAUUACUACUGCUAGAAGUGAGCGGUGUGUCGGUUCAGUAGUGAUGUGGUUACUGCCCGCCCCCCAAGGGGGCUCCGCCCAAUCUCAAGCUUAUGGUCGAUGUUUUUAUGAAAUUGUUACAUUCUCGCCUAUGGAAAUUCAUGUCAGAAAAAAAGGACGUCUUGUCUCUUUCAAUGUUUACACAAAUGUUGCUGCUCCAGCAGUUUUUCUCGGAUGUGUUGUGAGAAUUUCUUUAAAAAAAGAAUGCUAUGUACAUGAGAUGAUUCUAGGGUUAAGAUGAAGCUUGGUUAUAAAUCGCAAGGCAAAUCAGAAACUGAAUUUUUUUUUUAAUUUUUCAACCAAAUUUGUAAUUAGCCAUGUGUGAAUUUACUUGUUUUUACUGUAUAUGAAUAUCCUGACUAGGUGUCUUGAAUUUCUUUUUUUUUUUAAGUAAAAAUAAAUAAAACCAACAGUGAACCUG